AUGCUAGAUUACCUAGAGAGUUUACAGAGUGACGAUGAAGAUAUUGAUAAAGUGUACCUAGAACCGCCCGAUGAAGGUCAGGUGUCCGAUGAAGAUUCAGGGGAAGAAGACUGCGGCGGCACCAUCGAAAAUUUAAGCAAGAAGCAGUUGCAAGCGCCAUAUGAAUUAGUGUGUACUACCAACGACGAUGACAUACCUGUAGAUGAUGCUCUGAACAACACGGAUGACGAUAUUGCCAAUUUAAUUGAAGAUGUUCUUCAAAAUUCGUUUCAAAAUAUUGGAACAAAUUUAUUGACAGAAUCUCCAUCUUCCUCAAUUCAACGACCACCAGAAAUUCUGGAAGAAGAAUCAACUAUGCGUACGUCUAACAAAACUCCUGAUAAAAUUUCAGUAUGUAGUAGAAGCAGAAAGAGACACAAUACUUCGAAACGAAACGGUCCUCAAGCGAAAAUACAAAAAGUGCGGGCACCACAGUUAACUUGGGUUGAAAGCAUCGCUGGUAAAUCAAAACCUUUUUUCCCUGAGCCAAAUUACAAAGAUUGUAGCGGGCUUUUUCCACAUCAGCAAUUUGAAAAGUUUAUUGAUGAUGAGGUCCUACAGAUGUUAUGUGAUGAAUCCAAUGCUUACUCGGUUCAAGUAGAAGGUCAAAAUCCUAACAUUACCAUAAAUGAGAUGAAGGUGUUUAUUGGUAUUAUGAUUGUCACUGGGUAUACAUCUCGACCAAAAAAAAGAGACUACUGGUGCGAAGAUUCAGAUAUGCUGUGCUCUAUGAUUAGCGAAAGCAUGCGACGCAAUAGGUUCGAAAUCAUUUUCCGUUAUAUGCACUUCAAAGAUAACAGCUUGGAAGAUCGGGGGGACAAAAUUUGGAAAAUCCAUCCAAUUACUGAUGCAGUGAAAAGAUAA